CAGUACUUACAUUCGCUGACAACACUGAUCUGACAUAACCACAAAAGCUCUGAUAUAAAAUAUCAUCAAACAACGAACGGUGUGAGGACUCUUGUUUUAAUUUUACUCGAUUAUUCGCGAUGGACAAGGAAAUAAUUCCAACUUAUUAUAUACCCGCCGACGAUUUGUGUAAUAGAGCCGGCAUUACCGCGAAAUGGAUUCACGAGGAUAAUCUUUCAGUUUCCGCCUACAGACACCUUACAUCAUCAUUUAAAGAUGGGCCAACCGAAUUCGCAAACGCCGACUCGGUCAAUAUUUAUCACCUGAAAACGAAUUUCAUAUUCAGCAAUCCGAUUCUUCGGAGUUUAAUAGCCGAAUCGAACAGUGUUUUUCUCAACAUCCAACAAGCGGCCAAGCAACAGACCAAACCGGAUUAUCUGAAAUUCUCUCGCACUUACCGAAGCAUUGUUCGUGCAUGUUUGAAAAAUCUCCAGGACGAAAUCAAUUCUGGGACGGAAGUCGACACUUCUGAAUUUGAGAACUACAUAACCAUUUUCUAUUCAGUUGAAUGUGUUUGGCAUCUCUGCGAAAUAUUAAUGAUUGAUCCAGCUCCGAUGAAUGUUGUGGUGCCACAUUUGCUCGACUGGGUGCGAUUCCAUUUUCCUUCGUACGAAAGUAAAGCCACGGAUUUGCUGUUCGCCGAUCGAGACGACAUUGAGGAAUCGAGUGCCGAUUUCUUGAAAACGGUCAAGGGCAUGAUCGCUCAAGGACAAGUGGAAGUGGCACGUACGUUGUUACGAUUGCAUUCAAGUGCAGAUAGUUCCAGUUUUCAAGUGGCCGGCGAAAUAUUACGUUCUAUGCCAAUAUUUAGUGUCACCGGUGGCCUGCCCCUGCAGAAAUUCAAAUCGAAAUGGCAGUACUGGGUGACGGAUACGGAAUCGAAAUUGGCGACGGGUUGUUUGUCUGCCGAACCGGAGCUGGAGGAAAUCAUUAAGCUUGUCAGUGGCAACCAGGAAGCGUGGAUCAAUAUUGCGAAGGAAUCACGAUGUUGGUAUGAAUUUCUUCCCGGAUAUUUGUUUUACACCGAACCGGGCUGUAAGUAUUUUGAAUUGGGCACGUAUGCUGGCGUUUGGUUGCGCCGAUGGGAAUCGGCUAAGGGUUUCCGAGACUCACGUACAAUGAACCAUUUGGAUCGAGUUGUUUUGAAAGUUAUGGAAAACGAUAUGCAUCAAGUCAUUCGUGACAUUCAAUUGAUGUGUGACAACAAGUGGUUCGUUACACACUUAACGGACUUGUUGUGCCAUUGCGGACAAUUACAAAUUUUGGGUGAUCAACAGAUGGACGUCACUGCAGCACUACGAGAGUCAUUGCUAUUCGAUUUUGGAGCUUGUCUGAUGGCAAGAGAUUCGCUGUGGUUAUUCGGAAUCGAUUAUUUGGAGCACAGUUCGGUUGAAGGUGUUGGUGCAAUAGAGCUAUUGCUGCCGAAAAUACCAAUAUCCAGUGAGAGACAAGCCAUGAAAAUAAUCGCAGUGGCUAAACGCAAAGGACUAAUCGAAGUUGAACAAGAAAUCUGUCGAGUACAAGCCGUUCGGUCAGUGGCAAACGAUCGGCUCGGAAAUGCACUCGAAUGGGCUAUUCGAUCACAUGACAGCAUCUUUGUUACGUCGAUCGCCGACAAAUUUUUGGAGAAUUAUGCAAAAACCAGCACCAUACUGUGUCCGGAUGUGAUCGGUAAUAUUGGACCGAAAAUGUUCAUAUCACCGCGUUUGGUCUUCUUGGUUAAAUAUUUUGAUUUUCACCAAUACUAUCGAUGUGGCGAAUUUCCUCAGGCAUCCGAACUACUGAUCAAUCUAUUAGAUUCGAAAAUCACACCGGAAUACUUUUGGCCGUCACUAUUAGCGGAUGCGAUUCCACUACUUGAAUCAAAAGAACAACACUUUUCGUCAAAGGAGACCCACAUCAUCCUACAUCAUUUGGAACAUCAGCUAAUUCCGCUGAUCGAAAAGAAGAAGCGAAUGGUUGAGUCUGGGAAAGCGACGGCGUUAAAUUUGCUGAACGAUUGCCGCAUUGAACAUGUCGAUGAAAUUGUUACAUUGUUACGACUGUCUUGUGCCAGGAAUUUAGCAAGAUCGUUGAUUAACGAAAAUACAAUUGUGUGAGUUUGAGCUCAAA